CAUCAACAGAGACUAUGUGACAGAGACUGACUGAGAGCUAAGGAGUGAAAGAAAAUGAUGUACUCCUCCAGACGGAAACCUGUUCUCUAUUUCACCAAGGAGGAUAGCAGUGCAGCUUAUUAGACAGAGCGAUUGUCUCAGAGUGCUGUUGGACACAGUCUGUCAAGGAGCGCUGCUGUUGGGAGCGGCCUGCCGUGGAGCGCUGCUGUUGGGAGCGGCCUGCCGUGGAGCGCUGCUGUUGGGAGCGGCCUGCCGUGGAGCGCUGCUGUUGGGAGCGGCCUGCCGUGGAGCGCUGCUGUUGGGAGCGGCCUGCCGUGGAGCGCUGCUGUUGGGAGCGGCCUGCCGUGGAGCGCUGCUGUUGGGAGCGGCCUGCCGUGGAGCGCUGCUGUUGGGAGCGGCCUGCCGUGGAGCGCUGCUGUUGGGAGCGGCCUGCCGUGGAGCGCUGCUGUUGGGAGCGGCCUGCCGUGGAGCGCUGCUGUUGGGAGCGGCCUGCCGUGGAGCGCUGCUGUUGGGAGCGGCCUGCCGUGGAGCGCUGCUGUUGGGAGCGGCCUGCCGUGGAGCGCUGCUGUUGGGAGCGGCCUGCCGUGGAGCGCUGCUGUUGGGAGCGGCCUGCCGUGGAGCGCUGCUGUUGGGAGCGGCCUGCCGUGGAGCGCUGCUGUUGGGAGCGGCCUGCUGAAUGGAUGAGGAUGAGUGUGGAAACACAGGAAUACCGCUAAUGAUACUGACUGCCAGCUGGGGAGAACACAUGGGGAGAAGUCAUUAAAGCCAAGUACAGAUUGUUUGUUUAUUUUCAGUGACCAUUGAACACUGACCCUACAAGGUCAGGCCUGCUUCUUAGGAUGUUGCCUAGAAGAUGUUCCAUCUUUAAACUGUUCUGUUCAUUAAUAGUCCUCGGAUUCUUCUCUGUUGUGUGGCUGCAUUACAACUGCAGAAUGAACAGCAGCCAGAGUAGCAAUGACGACACCUUGGUGCACAAGUCCUGUCAGGACGAUACAGACAAUCCUGCCUGGGGCCCCCACAAGAUCGCAAUCAUUGUGCCCUUCAGGGAGCGUUUUGAAGAACUAUUGACUUUUGUGCCGCACAUGCAUGCAUUUUUAAACAAGAAGAAAAUCAGACACAAGAUCCUUGUAAUCAACCAAGUCGAUCACUUCAGGUUUAAUCGAGCCUCUUUGAUAAACGUGGGUUUCCUGGAAAGUGGCAAUGAUACAGAUUACCUCGCUAUGCAUGAUGUGGACUUAUUGCCCCAGAAUGAACAACUGGAUUAUGGGUAUCCCGAGAAAGGACCAUUCCAUGUGGCUUCCCCGGAACUUCAUCCCCUCUACCAUUACAGUAGCUACGUGGGAGGGAUCCUCCUCCUCACCAAACAGCACUUUGAACUGUGUAAUGGGAUGUCAAACCGAUUUUGGGGAUGGGGUCGUGAAGAUGAUGAAUUUUAUCGUAGAAUAACAGCAGCCGGACUGCAGCUUUACCGUCCUACUGGAAUUGUAACAGGUUAUAAAACCUUCAGACAUAUCCAUGAUCCAGCGUGGCGGAAACGAGACCAGAAGAGAGUGUCAAGGCAAAAGCAGGAGCAGUUUAAGAUUGACAAAGAAGGUGGUUUAAAGAACUUGAAAUAUAGUGUUGGGACCAGAACAGAGCUGACAAUUGAAGGGGUACACUGCAUCAUCAUCAACGUCCUGCUGGAAUGUGACCUGAAUGAAACUCCUUGGUGUGUCAUAAGCUGACUGGACAAAAGAUUGACAUGGUAUUGGCGAUACAGUAAAUGGGCCUAUCACUAUGUGGUUUUGGGCUCCUGUUACAAACAGUGAUGGAAUCAAGUGCUGAAGUAGUGCAGUAUUAGACAGAGGCAGAAGUGGAAUUUCCCUUCUGCUGGCUGAUCAAUAUGGUUAUACAGUUUUUUGCAGUGUUUGACAAGGCAUUGCAAGAAAUCUUCAAAGUAAUAUGCUACUCACAGGAAGCUACUCAUAAAUAUACAAAAUCCAAGCAGUUUUUUUUUGCUUAGAAUGUUUUUAUCAUACAAAACUCUUUCAAACCUUCGUUUUAUUAUUGAGAACAAAACACUGCAGGUGGCCUCCUGAUGGACUGUACCAUACUGCUCAAUGGUGAAGCAGAGGCCUUCUACCAGUACAACAAUGUAGUCUGGAGCCCCUCUGUAAAUGAUCACUAGAGUAACUAAGAGCAUUGCCAGUUAAAGGGACUUUUUACCUGAAUUAAGUGACAACCCAGGAACUGGUUGAUGUGUAACCUUUUGCCUUCAGAAUAAACAGUAAAACCACCAACUUCAAUAGGGUGAUUUGGAACCCAAAGGUGGCCCUUUUGAUUCGUAGAGUGAUGGGACAAAUGUUUACGAGGAAAUGGAUACUUAUGCCACCGUUUUGACUUAGUUCCUUUUGUUGGUGAGCAUAGUUGUUACAUGGAGAUAAGCAGCCAGCUUACUCUAGUCUACAAGGGCACUUGGUAAUGCUAUUACUGAUUUUGAAACUCAGCCAAGGUGAAUGUUCCAGGGAUAACUGUCUCUGCAGUUAGAAGGUGCAUUCCAAACCAAGUGUAGAGAAUGGAAAUUAUUUUAUAGUGAAGGAGAAGGGCACCUUAGGCUAAUAUAAGGCAAUAUGCUUUGCAUUUUUACUGCUGAUUCACUGUGACGCCUGAAAAAAUCUGUUUACUUGAGGUUAUUGUUAAAAUAACAGGUUGGAUAACUCCACAGCUCUAACCUUUAGGGCUUGCUAUCUUGAUUCUUUCCCAGCAAAAGCUCCAAUGAGAAGCAGCAGAGCUGAAAGUGUUUCUCUUGAGUGUUCUGCCAUCUGGUGGAAAAUUUGCAAUAUUGUAACAGUAAAGUAUUAAAUUGGUGGGCUUUCUGGACCAGGUGAUUUAUUUUCUACACCUCAGCCAUCAGUGAUUUUUUUUCCCUAUUUUGAAGCUGUAUUGUACAUAAGAAUUUUUCAGUUUCUGGACUUUCUUUGGAAGUGUCUUUUUUAAGUUUGUACACAUCUCUCAAAAAUCAAAGCUUCCUGAUAUGACGAAGUAUGAAAUGAAUUGUAAGCAGUGGCCAAGACCCUUUUAUGAUGAGACAAAGAAAGGAAUUAUAAGAUUCACAUGAAGAGAAUAACAAAGUGAAACAAAUAUAAAUAUUGCCUGGUUUCUUUUUGUAAUCUUGAAGCAUUUGGACUCAUUGAAGUAGAAAAAAUGUCAAUGGCACAAAGUUGCAUGUUCCUUUUUAUGUACUUUACAAAAGGGUAUUUUACCAGGUACUUCAUGUUAAUGGCUAUUGAAGGACUACAGCAGCAAGCUAAGGCAAUGUUGUUGGUUGUUUGGUAUUUGUGAUUGAAAUGGAAGGGAAGAAUUGUAAGUGAAUCUGAAAUUGGAAAGACCUUUUUUGAAAAUUUCCAAUUUGUUUUAGUGUCUAUUAUGCUUUACUAUAUAGGUCCAUGAGAAAAAGGAUGUAAUGAGUUCGGUAUUAGUGAGUAGAAACUGCCAUUUCAGUGCAUUUCUUUAUUAUAUUUAUGAAUUUUACAGAUUAUUAUCAUAGAAAUAAAUUAAUUUUACCAA